GUGGGUUGUCAGCAAUGACAGCCUAAAAAAAUGAGGCGUUAGUGGUGGUGUUCUCUGUUAGUGUCUUGGUAGGGGCAACGAUGAACGAUUUUUCUCCGUAUAGAGAUAACUAUGACACGCCCGACUUCGUAUUUGAUUACACUUCAGCGUUUGAUUAUUCUUCUAUUCAUCACAUGACGGCAUUGAAGAAACCCGAGAAAUAUAAGACGAUAUUUAACUAUAACAAACGCCAGGUUGUUGUGGACCUGUCAGAUUGCGAGCCAGAACCGUGGCAGUCGACUAUUAUUAGAACGAUCCUGACGUUCUUCUGCUACCUCUUCCUCGUUUUCACGUUUCCAGUGACGUGCUGGGUCUGCAUCAAGAGAGUGCCGUCCCUGGAGAGAAUCGCAGUCUUUCGUUUGGGGAAGCUGCAGCCAGUUCAGGGUCCAGGCCUUGUGCUGGUUUUCCCGGUGAUUGACUCCUACAUGAAAGUUGACCUGAAGCCCAAGGUCUUUGAGGUGCCCGCACGUGAGGUUUUGACUGGUGAUGGAGCCAUCAUCGAGGUGGGAGCAGAGUUGCAUUGGCAGGUGGUCCACAGUGUCCGUUACGUCACUCGGGUAAAAGAGGUAGAUGCAACAGUAGGAGCACUCUGCCAGCAGUGCUUGGCAUCUCUUUUGGGCUGCAGCGACCAGGACGACUUAGACAGGCGACGGGAGGCCAUUGAGGCCACACUUCUGACCAAGCUGAAUGAAACAAUCCUUCCGUGGGGUCUGGAGGUCAUCAAGGUUACUCUCAAAGUGGCCCGUGUGGUAAAAACUGCUGAACCAAGCAAUCCACUGACUCCGGUUAUGUCUGCCAUAAAAAGUGCCCUUGGUUUCCCCUCUGAGCACGCCAAAACCCAAGCAUCAAUGCCACCUGGUCCUGGAGGCCUACAUGCUGUACCAGCAUGUCCAAGUGAGCCACAGUUUGAGCAGCUGGUACAGGUACUACACCAGCUGGCCCUGUUUGCUGCCCAGCAAGAUGAGUUUCAGGGUGUGUGUGCUACAUAUGCACUCCAGAUUCUUGCUGGCACCAAGGAUGGCAUCACAGUUCACGUUUGCUUCGACCAAGGUAGUGUGGAGCUGGUGCGUGGUAGUGAUCUCGGCAACAGAAGGAAGGCCGAUGUGACACUGCGCCUCUCUGCUGAUGAUCUGACCUUGAUCCUGUGUGGAAAGGAAUCUCCCAUGCAGGUGUACAUGGGUGGUCGCAUUCAAGUCCAAGGGGACUGGUCCUGCCUGCGCCGUUUCAUGGGUGUAAUUGACAAAUGCACUACUGGCUAGAAUUUAAUCUUUUUUUUAUCUUUUUCUUUUGUUAGGUCAAGCCAUCUACUUGACACAUUGCAGCUUUUGCAGUCCAUUAGUGAAAGUUGUACACGGAAUGGUAACAACUUGCUUAUGCUGUGCAUGCUAACUUACUAUACAAUGAACUGGUUUUGUUAUAGGCAUGUACAGCAAUAGAACUGCUGAAGUAUGAGAACAAGGAAUUGUUGUUUAGCUCCAAGUUCUUUUGUCCUUUAUUUCUAUAAAGAAGCUGAUCUAAUGGUAUUAUAACAUGGAGGAGUAGAGCUUCUUUCAGCAAUGUGGAUGUCACAGUGUUGUAGCCAUUGAUACACUUGCCAGUACAUGUUAUAUUCUUGUCUAGUACAGCUUCAUCUUAUGCAGUACACUCCCUUUACAGUAAUCAUGAAGGAACAUUAGAAACAUGCAGCUCAACAGUAGGGCACUGAGUCCAUGAUACACAAAAUGAAGUGCUUAAAAUUUCUUAGAUUAUUAGAUAAUUGGGCUAAACAAAAGUUAGGGAGCCUACUGUAUUUAUAAAAUGAUGUUGCAUUUGAUAAAAAAAUGUUGUUGUCACCUUGUGCUUGCCUUCAGAUUCGACGACUUGACUGGGUUUUACAGAGUUUGUUUUGUUACAACAGGAUUUCACUAGUCACUUAUUUUCUAUGUUGGCCAACAGUUGUUGUAUUAGCGUGUUUAAUCAAACCAGUAGUGUUAUGCUUAUGCGUGCUAAUCAUAUUGAUGAUUUUGUUGUGUCAUGAUCUCUUUCAUUUAGUUAAAAACCGAUGUGAAAUACUAGCAACAUCUGUAGUGGUACGCACAUUCCAUUCUUAGUUUCAUGUUGUGUAUUAUCUCAUUUAACAGUAUUUCAAGUGCUAAUUUCAUAGAGUUCAUUUUCUUCUUUUUAAGCUAUGCACCCUUUAAAGGGUCCCUACUGUACAUAUUUUAAAAAAACAUGCACAUCACAUGCAGUGUACCAUGAUGAUCAUCUCUUGUGAAAAUGGAAGCGCCAUAUGCCAUUGCGAAAUUCAAAAUACAUUCCUGCGCUUCUCUCCAAGCUUUUCCUGUCUCUUCUUUGCAUGUUGUGACACCAGCCUCUAGCGACAGCCUGUGCCCUAGCGGUGUCAUCAAGACAAAAAGUGUCGAUUAGUCAGUCAGCCAAGGAUGAUAGCACCAACUAUGAGGGCCAGCUCUCUGUUCUAGUAGUAGAGAAGACUUCCUAUUGCAUGCCACUGUACCUUUUAUGAAGCUUCUAUUCUGUUGACACUGCAUGGAGCUUUUGCUGCACUGUACGUGUCCUGUAGCUUUCGCUGCACUGUAUGUAGUUGGUGAGUACCCGGUGAAAAGGUUAGUGAAGAUGAAUGGAAAAUCACAUUGGCCACAUAGUUGUUCAUCAUAGUUAGACAUUGUAAUUAUUACAUCGCUUUACAACAUUCUUGUGGCUAUAUCUUCAUUGUAUACUAGUACACAGCUUCUGCUCUGUAACGAAUUUGUUAGCUCUGGAUAAUUUAGGGGUCCUUUAAUUCUUCUGUAUAAGUUUUCUUUUUCUUGUUCUUAUAAUUUUAUUAUUGUGUUAAAUCCUGUCUUAAUAGAAAGCUCUAGUCAAGCAUUUUUAUCUAAAUACAUGGGAAUGGAACAUUUUUCUCAGUUAGUAUUGCAUCAAAAUUGAUUAUAUUUGUCUCGCAUAAGAAAAAAGUUACAUCCUAAUAAUGGUAGGAAGAUUUUUUUUUCUUACUGAGGUUGUCAAAUGUUUUUGAAAACUUGUUGAAAAAAGACAAGAAUUUUUAAAAAUCUUUCAGAUUUGUAACCUAGCAAUAAAAAAUUAUUUUUUCGUAAUUCUGCUAUCUGCAGCUAAUAACACAUCAGAAGCAAAAAACAUAAAUGUAAAUGUAUUAUAUGCUGCUUCAAAAUAUGCCAUUCAUUUGUGAACAGGACUUUUGCAGAACUGUUCUAAACAUUUUGACAUUUUGUAGUUUGUUCAUUUGGGAUGAUGUAACAAAUGGAGUUGGCAGAACUGUGAUGGUGCAGUGUUAUGAAAUUGUAAAUUUUCAGCUUUUUUUUUUACCUGCCCAUUUUUGGAAAUUAUGCUCCUUGGAGUCAUUAGAACUUAAUUCCCUCUCAAAUGCAACAAACUUCAUUGAAAUCAAUUUGGCAGUUGUCUGAUGAAAGCAUUUCUUUAUUUUAUGUGUAUUUGAUUACGUAAAUUAGAGUUGGCCCCGAACUAGAGCUUUCUCUUCAAGAGCUCCUCACCAGGUCUGGGCAUUAUACAAACUGACAAGCACAGCACGUAGAUCACAUGAUGGUAGUCAUGUCUUCAAAGUAUGAAACAGCUGCAUUGCACGAAAGUGAUCAAGAUUUUGAGCAGCACCCCUUUCUUGGGGUCAGCAAGAGUCCAGGUCAGCCACACAAAUGCCUCAACGAAAAAUGCAAUGCUUGCAACAUCACCGACCAUUGUACAAUCAGUUAAUCAUCCAAUACGGAAUGUGCAAUGACUCACUGUAAAUGCGCCAUGAAACAAAAUAGAAAGAGAAGAAAAAAAAGGAGGCAGGGCUCAUCACAUGCAUGUGAGCGGUUCCACAGCUCCAACACCUGGGGGUGGGAUGCCACUUGCAGACACUAGCAAGGGGGGAAAGAGAGAAGGUCUCUGCCGACAUUUACACCCACCUCCUUGUGACAUGGUACUAGUGCAGUUGAAUUGCUUCUGACUUCUCUAUUAAUGAACUGACUUUAAAAAUUGUUUAGUUAAAAUGCUCCUUAGAUGGUACCUUACAAGUUACAUUGCAUGACCAAAAUUUACAAUGGGACCUGGCAGGGGAUGGUACCUUACGCAGAGAGAGAGUAAAAACAUUAAGAUAACUUACAAGUUUCAGUAUGUCUUUUUUAUUUAUUUACCAAGGGCACUCGCAUAAGGGGCCCUCAUGCAAAGGUAUAUAACGGAAAUUUGCAAUGGGGCUUGGCAUGGAGUUUUUUUAAAGGGCCCCUAAACCACCUCCGACAAUUUUUUAAAAUUUCAAGUAAACGUGCACAUCGAGUUCAUAGUGCCGUCACGAUUAACAAUGCCAAACGUGGCAGCGCUACGGGCCUUGGGCGCCCCACAAAUUCCAAGAAACAAUCUCUUCUCCUCUCCGGGCCUUUCGAUAAUCCUCAGCAUUUGGUAAUCCUCAGUGUUUUGCAUUUUGCGUUUAAUCCUCAGCAUUUCGUAAUCCUCAGACGUGACAUCAACAUUUUCGUCAGCUCAUGUCAUCCACAAAAAGAGCCUGUUUGUCUGCUCACAACUAGGCGCUCACCGCUCAUCCUCCUCACGCGGCAAGGAGGAGCACUCGACCAGGAGGAGAGACGAGCCAACGAACAGAGCAUAGAAUUGGAAAGAGCAAAGUGAGCGAGGGCUUCUUUUGGAUCAUCGAACGCAUGUAACUCCGCUAUUAUGGCACCGUUUUCAAAAAAUUCUCGCGGCUAUGUUUUUGUUGAAGACUUGCACAUAACUGCAAUACCAAAUCUAAAUUUCAACUUCUGAGUUGUGUAGUAUGCAGGCACUUAUAGUUUAACGCCUUAUUCUUCACCACAUUUUUGGCAUCUUCCACCAACCGUAUUUAAUGGUCAAAAAUUGCAGUGUCACAUGUACUUUAACGUAUGAUAUAUGACGAUGCUGGAUCAUAAGCAUAGUGUUGCUUGAGAGCCACUGCCAUUAUGCAUAAAAGCCUUUCUGGCUUGUGAUAGAGCAUGGUCAGGACUGAUUAUAAAAAAGUACCAUUCAUAUUCCUUUUUUUUUUUUCGCAACCUUUUAAGCAUUGUGUGCUUAUUUUAAUGUGUGGAACAUUUCUGGAAAUUUUUUGCAGACAGUAACAAUUUUUUUAGGGGUGUGCGAAUAGGAAAAUUUCAUCUAGAAUCGAAUAUCGAAUACAAAAGAUAUUAUUGAAAAUUGAAAGAAAGAACAGAGAAAUGAAAUCUGCUCAUGUCCUCGAGUACAUAACAUGGUGAGUGACUGCUACCAUCGGCGUGUGCAAGGUUCCCCACAAGAGAGGGCGAAGUUUCAUCUUAGCUCCCCCCUUCCUCCCUUUUGUCGAGUUGGAAAGACAACAUGCUUAACAAUGGAUGAAAGAAUGAAGAUGAAGCAAUGACGUGCUUCUCACAAUGGCCUGCCUUUGAUUAUAACAGUUUGGUCCUAACAGCUCUUGGAAUGCAACAUCAGGGGCCUUCAACCGCCAUUAUCGUCAAAAACCUGCGGGUCCAUAACCCUGCUCUUUAAACAAUGAUGGGACAGGUCCGACAAAGUAAAAGUAUGGGGAAGACUACGCCCCCCCCCCCCCUCUAGGUGAUUUGGGGGGGGGGGGGGGUCGCACCCCUCUGCACCCUCGUGAGCACACCUAUGACAGCUACAGAAAGACUACAAGUUGUCAUGCAGAAACACAAGCUGUUCCAUAUGACCUGGCUAUAGACUCUCUUGCUGUGAUGUUACGGUGUUUCCUGCAGUUGAAAACACACUCUCACUGGGCUAUCCUUACUUAGCUAUCUUAUUUACACGAAACGUGUACCACCAGUUACGGCAAUAUAAAGGAAAAAUCGGGGAUGCUGCGGCAUGGUGAAAGCUAUGUUACAUGCUUGUUCGGGAGGUUUCUUUCUUUCUUUUUUUUCGGCUUUUACAGGCGCACAGGCAUGUUGAUCGAUGAACUACCAUUAGUCAGCAGCGGCACUCCUAACCUCCUCACGGCUAACAGAGGGGGGGAGUGGUACAGCAGCCAGUUUUGCGCAAUGCGAGUCACCUGACAACAGUAAUGUUGUGCUUCAUCGUCAUGAGUGCUCCGGGCCCAAACAUCUUCGGGUGCCCGUUCACAGCAGUGUUUUAACUGCGCACCGGAACGAUGGGAGUUUCUGAACGAGUGGUGCGGCAGUGUGUGUGCACACAUGUGAAGCCAAUCACCGAGGGUUUCGCGUCCAGAUGUUUUACGGCUCUUGCGGCAUAUGGGACAGAACUACGCAAGAAUUCCUUGACUUCAUUUCGGAAACAAUGUUGUGAAGGGCUUCACAAUUUUUUCACGUGGUUUUUUUUUACGUGCGGUAAUGACACAGUCUCCUUUAAAAUAAUCAUGCACUCGCUUUUGAACCAGGAUAUCAUUGAAAGUUUUAACAAAAGGCCUACUGUAAUGACGUUAGCUUUAGUUUUAGUCACCCCACCCUAAACAAAAUGCACCAUUGGCUUUUGCCACGUUUUAGAUAUUCAUCCUGUCGAAUUAUUAGAAACUUCGAAUACUACCUAUUCGAAAGUCGAAUCGAAUUAUUCGAUUAGAUAUUAUUCAAUUCGAGUUCGAAAGUUGAAUAUUCGCACACCCCUAAUUUUUUUGACAAAUGUGUAGCAUAAUGUUGCAUUGAAAAAUACGCAUUGCUUUUUUCUUUCUCUCCUUUUUUUUCGAGGGGGGGAGAGGGGGAGGUGGGGUUCACUUGAAGACCCUUUGAAGGUUUGUGUCCUACAUAAAUCAACCUUUAAACAAAUAUUGGGGUUAUGCUUCUGUGAUGCUAUUUUACAGUAUCUGACACCAUUUGACACGUGUGUGUUAUUAUGCAAGGAAGUUCUACAGAGCAGAUGGAAGGUACGGACCAAGCACAAACUAAAUGACAUGACAGUCAAGGCUUAGCAAACCAUUAUCUAGCUUGAAACUCUUAAGUUGUGAUGCUAUUGCAGCCUUGGAGCAUUCAUAUUCGUCACUACAGUUGUUUUUGCCUUCCUUCAUUCAGUAAAGAAUGUGCAACUUUCACUACUUUCUUUGUCACUAUAACAUUAUGGUAUUUUACUUAAUUAUUAUUUUUUAUUUCUUGUAGCAUAGACCUUGCAUAAUACUAUUUUUCAUGAGGGAUGGUUGAGAAUACAGAGUUUAAGCAAGCAAUGCUGUCAUGAAGGUUGGUGCCUGAUGGCAGGUUUUUCAAGUUGAUAACUGUUCCAACUAAGAAAAAUGUUUAAUUAUAUGUUAGUUUGGCACAUGGGGAUAAACAGCUUUUUUAUGCUGGUGUGCAGAAAAAUGUAAGGAGCUGGCUUGAUGGGAGAACCGGGGGAAAAUAAUUUAUAACAUUUGAAACAUAUUUUAAAACUCAAUAGGUCUGCAUCUGCUUUGAAAUCAGUAUUGUAGUGAUCCAAAUAAAUAACAAGGUCCCUAGUAGAUUUAAUAACAUUAGGUCCACAAGCUGUGAACCACUGCUCACAUACUCAAGUUCAGGUUCAAAUUAAUAUUUUGCGAGCUAGUAGUUUCACUACUGGGGAGGCCUGGGUUAAGGUGUUGGACAGGUAACCAGUCAUUCAGUGUCAUUCAGUGUCAGAACUAAAUCUUUGUGUUCCUAUGGCACAGUGCUUUUUAUGCCAAAAGCUAGUGCUUUUUAUGCUAGAUACUCACUUUUGAAAUGGUACACUCACCGCUUAACCAUUGAAGAUCUUUGCUACACAAAAUGUGUUCAAAAUCUAUCAAAUGCGAUUUAGGGUGCGCAAUUGUCAUUGGCUUAUGCGUGAAAUGUGUACCUUAUUAGUCUUACUUCUUCCUGUUCACACUAAUUCUAGUGUCAUUAUCUGCAAACUUUGCAUUGUGUAGGAUCUCAUGUUGGCUGGAAAGCUUGCUUUUUUCACUAGUAGGAUAGCCUUUUUGUUUGUUGAAGUUGUUGGUUUUUUUUAGUUAUUGUACCCUCAACGCUUUACACCAUUGAAAAUGGAACGGGCGAGAAAGAAAAUUGCAAAUUUCAAGAUGUUCACUUCACAGAAAACAGAAAAAUUACAAGGCAAAAAAAAGGUACAUGAAUUCGGAAAGGGUCUUGGAAAAAAUAUUUGGAAUGGUGAAUGUGGGGAUGUGUAGGUCACUGUACACAUGCAUACUGGCAGUUGAGGCAGGCAAACAAUCCUAGUCUCUGCAAGUCUUGGGUUGAAAAAAUUGUGAAUAUGUUACAGUCAUUACUCAAGGGAUAUGAACUAGCUAAAUUGGAUCAAGGCGAGACUUUGUGAAAGGUGCAGGCUGCGUCCAGUGGGAUUUAAGCAUGUGAAUGUGAUAACAGAUCAUUUCAAAAAGGUAGAGGCAAGAGAAUUAUUGAGGCUAGGUUUUAUAGUGGAAGUUUUGUACUGAAUUUUUAAUGAUAGUUGGACACUGUGCAGCCAAGGGAUUCUGGACAGCUUUGAGCUUGUUGAUAAGUGCUACCUGGUCGGAGUCCCAUACUGAUGAAGUGUAUUCUGUUUCUCUAAUGCAAUGGUGCAAGGGAGAAAUCCAUAUGACUGAAUCUGGGUGCCGCAUAGCGGCGGCCGCAUUUUCGAUGGAUGCGAGAAGGUUUGAGGCCCGUGUACUUAGAUUUAGGUGCAUGUUAAAGAACCCCAGGUGGUCGAAAUUUCCGGAGCCCUCCACUACGGCGUCUCUCAUAAUCAUAUCGUGGUAAAGCAGUCAUCAUGAAAAAGACAGUCAAAGGGAUAUUUUUAACUGAAUCGUGAGGUACGCCUGAACACACCAGUUCAGGCAUACCUCAGGGCACCUUAUUACAGUCGUUUUUAAAGGAUUCCCGAUCAACCUAAUUUCUCUAGUUAAUUUUAUGCAAAGAUGCUUUUUACUUGCAUUUAAAGUGCCCAAAUUUGGUUACCCUGAUUUUUGCAUGUUCACCAAAGUUAUCACUCAUGUUAUACCAAUUUGAUGAAUCUCAGCUCAUUACAGCAUUUUUCUAAACAAAAAAUUAGGGGUGUGCGAAUAUUCGAAAUUUCGAAUAUUUUUCGAAUAGUGUUUGCAAUUCAAUUCGAUUCGCACUGGAAUUUUACUAUUCGAACUAUUCAAACUUCCCAAAAACAAAUACAGUCAACGUCAGAUUGGAAGUGGUCCCUAGAUUUUCAAUAUGCUUCACCUCAUGAAACCCUCGUAUUGCGGCAAAGCUUCCUUUCAAGCUUCGCUACGGUCGCAAAUGUAUUACAGUCGAACCCCUUUAUAAGAGGCACUGAUGUAAGAGACAAAUGGGUAUAAGAGGCACUAGUGUGCCUAUGUUGAAAUAGGGGUUGUUAAGAAAAUGCACACGUGGUACCCUGCUUAUAAGAGACACCUCAUAUAAAAGACAAGAAUUGCUCCCCAGAGCAUGUCUCUUAUAAAGGGGUUCAGCUGUAACUCAAGAAAACGCUGGUUCCAACAUGGAGAUGAAAGAUGUGGCAGAGUUGGGGGCUGAAUUAAUGCUGUUUUGGGCCUGAAAUUUGGGUAGGAAGUCCGAAAAAUCGGACGCCAAAGCUUUCUAGCAUCCAAAAUGUCAGAUGUUCUUAUAUAUCAACGUCUACGAGGCAGAUUUGGAACUCCGGACAUGAAGGGAGCACACCCUUGUCCACCACAUCAUUUGUGCUUCCACAGAGGUUGAAAGAGGAGGAGAGGCUGAGGAAGUGGCAUCUUUGCCUAUCACGUGUAAAGUGUUGUCGGCAACACUUUGGUUGCACCAAAUCAUGUAAAUAAAUACAAUUCGGCCUCUACAUUUCCUCAUUCUUGAUAAGACAGCUAUGAAACACCACCCCGCCAGUGCUUCAUCAACCUAGUGAAAAGAAACACUUUCAUGUUGCUAUCUUAUAAGAAUAUGCUUAGGAAUCCUCUCUUAACUUCUUUUCUGCAAUUUCGCUUCAAAGUAUUCUAAAAAUAUUCUAGAAAUAUUCGAGAAAUAUUCAAAAAAUAUUUGAUUCGAUUCGCACUCACACUUCAAUAUCUGUAUUAUUUAUUUAACUUGAAGUUCAAAUGAUAGCGCAGAUGAUAGCUUUUUCAUAUUUAGAUUGAUCUCUGAUACUUAAUGUCUACAACUACAGCUUUUUAUUGUUACUUUUAUGAGGAUAAAUGUCCUAUGUUCUCUUGCAGCACUAUGCUCGUACCUAGAAUUGGCAGCAUUAACUUCAUUUCAUGAUUUCAUCAAGUCCAGAAAGUUCUUUUUUCAUUAUCUCUUGUGUUGUAAAGUGUGCGGUUUUCAUCCCCCCCCAUCCCCUCUCACUUUUCUUGGCAUGAGAUUAAUGAAGUGUGUACUCUGGUUGGCAUCACUCCUAUUCAAAGUACUUAUUGCAAUAUUAUGUUUCAUUGAGAAACAUUAAAAAAUAGGGGCACAGUUGCGUAUAAAUUUUGUUGAUACUGUUAUGGCAUUGCUUGUACAGUUAACGGUGUGCUCACUCGGGCUAGUUUGUAUAUCUUGAUAAGGAUAUCUUCACAGCAUGACAGACGAAGCAGAAGGAACUUCACAGAUCACAGACAGACUUGUGAGUGGAAGUGAAAUGCGUUGUUUUGAGAAGCAGCAUAGAGGUGAAUGGAGAAGGCCCUCAAAAAAGCACUAAGUAUCAGCAUGAUGGAUAAACCACUUUUGUCAAUAGUGACAGGGAGUUGCAGUAGAUGUAUAUAUCUUCACAUGUCAAGGUACAUAAUCCACUAUAGGGUGACCACCUGUCCCGUGACUCGCAGGACUGUCCUGCAUUGAGAGCUAUUGUCCCGUGUCCCGCAAAAGAUUUCGCGCUUUAUUGUUACAGUUGAAACUCUGUUCAACGAAGGGAUGACUGCACUUGAAUUAUUUCAUUAAAUCAGGAAUUUCAUAAAAUCGAGAAAGGGGUUGUUCAUUACUUCAAAAUCUAAAAUUGUAAUGUAGCGACACACAAAAGCUACUGCGGCAUCGUAUAUUUGCCAUGCCUGUGUGUUUGAGAUGUCCACAAGGACAGCACGAACAUGGAGCCUCCCGUGUUUAGGAGAUGCAGGCCAGGUAGAUAGACGGUCUCGUGAAUGUAUGACAGGCAGCCUAUAUGCAGAGAUGGGGAGAAUGAAUGCAGUGACUAUGCGAGCAGGCCAGGCUAGAGAGUUGCGAGGAGACGAUCAGUGCCAUCUGUUGCUUGAACCAUGAAAUAAUGAAAGCAACCGACCAUAGUAUUCCUGUGGGAGCAUUUACAGGGGCCAUAAACAACCGCCACCCUUAACUCCAUCCAGCUGUUGAGUCCAUUAUUUGACGCAUGGGCAUGGCAUACAGCCUUGCCAAAAUAAAGCUAAGUUUGUAGCUAGUCUGGCUGUAUGUUUUAGUGUGAUAACGUUAGAGCGCACGCUAAAGAAAAGAAAAACUCAUCUCUGUAAAUAUUGGAAAUAAAUCACUGCCUUUUUGUUCAUCUGUUUCAGGGAAAAGUUCAUUAAAUCAGAUUUAAUGCCAAGUUUGUUGGUCGAUAACAACAUUGAACCCGAUGGGUAGCUGCUGGGGAAUGGAAAUUUCUUCGUUAGAACGGGAACUUCGCAAAAUCGGAUUUCACUAGAUCAAGUUUUCACUGUAUUGUUUGGCCACAGCGCCUUGAUUUCAGCUAAACCUGGCCACCUUAUUUGAGGAUAUGUUAGGUGCAAGCACUCCAAGCUUCCGAAAAAAUCAGCUAACCGCACAGUUCACGGCAAUAAUGAAUGCUUCUGGCACAUCUUGCGCCAGCUCCGUGCGCCUUCCCGCCAUUCUUUCCAAUGUGGGCGGUGGGCCUCCUAACCUGUUGGCAGUGGCCAACUGGUAACCUGUGGAAACUAAGCCACAGCUGUUUUGUGAGUGCCUAUCUUUUAAGGUGCCACAAUUUUAUGUCGAUAUUAAUAACCUUGUCUCUCGUUGGAGCAUGUUACAAAAAUGUAUACAAACUAAUUUUGUGUGCACUGAUAUAUAUAUGAACUUCAACUUGUAUCAGUUGCUCUAUUUCGCUGCUUCAGGUAUGACAAAACAUUGUGUGAGAAAAUUUCUCGUCAAACGUCAAAAAAUAAAUGAGAAAAUAUUGCAGUUAAUUUCUUACACCAAUGUGACACGGUGCACUGCUGAUCGCGAUUAAGCCUGGUCACGAUCAGAUUUAUCAACUGUGAUUGGCUUCCUUCGGCAGCAUGCAUAAAGUAGCCAAUCGCGACUAAGAAAUUCGAUCCGGAUUUGUCCUGAUCGCGAUCAAAUGUGCCCAUGUGACACCGGUAUUAUUCUGUUUUGUCAAUCCCCCCCCCCCACACUCCCCGUUCAGAGUGUUCCACAUUUUGCUAGUAGGAAUGUGAUCACCCUAACGAAGUAUCUCAUGGGCAUUCUGUUCACGCAAUACUUUUUUACCAGCUAUGUACAUUAUAGUGUUCAAAGACACAAGUGCAGCUGCACCUCCAAAAAUGGGUGGCAAGAUGACUUUAGGAGGAUCUUUUCAGUAAAGCAGCAUAAUCCUGUAGGCAGCUUAGUGUACACAUUUUGAUUGUGCUGACAUUUAUUACAUUUAGACAAUGCAACACCUGGAACAUUCUUAAUAAUCAUUCCAGUGUGAAGUGAAAGUAAUGUUUUUGUGAGGCUGCUUCUUAGGAAUUGCAAUGCUUUUGUUUGUUUGUUUGUUUGUUUGUUUGUUUGUUUGUUUGUUUGUUUGUUUGUUUGUUUGUUCAUAUUUCAGCCCAUACAAUCUUCAUGAAUAUACUUUGUGAGAAUUGUAGUAUUCUGAUGAAACUUUCUAGUCAUACUUUCAAGGAAAUUUUUAAUUAUUGAAGUUUGUGGAUCACGAAAGUUUAUCUUCAUGCAGGAUCUUUUCAUUUACUCUAUGUUUUCGCAAAAAUUGGCUGAUAUUCUUGUAGUGAAUUCUGGAUUGGGGUGGUGGCCUGUCUUUGUUCUGGCAAUAUUCCUUUUCUAGUACUCACGUGCUGUGUAUGGCAAGUGUGUACUAAGUGAGUGCAUGAUCUGUAGGUAUAUUUGUAGAUUCUUAAUUUUUGGCAGACCCCUCUUUCUCUUUCUCUCUUUCUUCUCUAUAUUUUCCUUUUAUCUCUUUUUUGCUAGCUUUACAACAUAGAGACUAGAGGUGUGCACGGGCUCCGGGUAGUCCGAAAGCCCGAGCCCGACCCGGCCCGCGGGCUGGGCUCGGGCGGGCCGACGUAUUCUCACCUCGGGCCCGGGCCGGGCUCGGGCUACUUGGAGUUUUAUCGGGCCGGGAUUGGGCCCGGCGCCAAGCCCGACUCAAGCCCGAAAUAUAGAGAAUGAGCGGGAAUUCUUUACCAGCACGCAUACAGCGCCUUUUUCACGACCGCCCUUUACCGCUUUUCCUUUCCAUUCGCUACUUUAAACAAAAGGGGAGCAGGUAAAGCACUGCCUCUGUUGCACUCCGACAAACAGAGAAGUAACACCACCUGAGCUACUGACGGCGCCACGUGACUGUUUGCGUUAGAUUUAAGGCCAAAUCCCAUAUGAGUGAAAAUGUACGCGACAGCGCGAGCGACCGGACGUAGAUCGCCUUCGUGCAAGCUUACGCUUGCAUGGGCAUACCCCAUACACGUGACGGCAUUGGCGAGCGAACUCUAUUGUUGCUGGCAUGAGGCCGUCUACUUGCUUGCUGUUUUUGCACAACAAUUUGUUAUCUGUGUAGUAAAGACUGUUCGUAGUGUGUCGUCUGAUCACAUUUGCUAUGCUCAAUAAAACGCCAAAUUACCGGAAAACGAUGUUUUGUUUUCGCAGCGAAGCUUCAAAAAGCCGGGCCGGGCCGGGCCCGGGAUUUUGUUCUCGUACGUCGGGCCGGGCCAGGCGGGCUCGCAGCCCUUUGCUGUCGGGCUCGGGCGGGUCUUCGACAAAGUCAGCGGGCCCGGGCCGGGCUCGGGCUCGGAUAUACGGCCCGUGCACAGCUCUAAUAGAGACUUUGUGUCGGUGCUUUGUCAUGAAAUUUCUGUUAGCCAGGUCUUGCUUUUUUUGGUUCCUUAUUAAUAUUGCUCUAGCACCUAUGCAGUGCUGACUUCUGUUAUGUGAUUACUGGACUUGCUUGGCUUAUUAGGAUGUGUGUGUUGAUACAGGACAUUGUUGGCAUGUUAUUAAAUGCGUGGGACAUUAUAUAGUAAUGAGAUUCAUAUUCGUAGAAUUGUGUAGUAGUAUAUCACUUAUUUAGUUCUUGAAAUCUCUAGCCAAAAAAGUAGCUGUUUUCAAAACUGUUUCACACCUUGUUUCACACCUUGCAGAGAACCUUGCUUGACUUUUGUCUGUUCAUUUGACAGCCUGAGUAGGUAAUUGUCAGGAGUACUUGUUUACUGUUGUUAGCUAAGUGAAAGUUAUUGCAUGAUAAAAGGGCAAAAUUGUUGACAUGUACAAUGCUCACGGGAUGAACUGCAACAUAAAAACUCCAAGUAUAACAGCUGGUGUGUGCAAUUGCUUGAAAUAAUCACAUUGUCCCGCUACAAGACUUGCCAUUAAAGGUUAUGUUCACUCGGAUGCAAGCCAAUAUUACACUGAUGGGAUGCAAACUAAAAACUGUGGAAAUGGAAGUAUGUGCAUUUCUUAGCCUUAAUUUGUGAGUUUCAUUUCGUUAGCACUAUACAUGUUGCUGCCACAGUGUUUAUUUCAUGGUAGUACAACUGGUUUGUAUUUUCCUGGAAAAUUAUUUUGUGAACUGAUGUUUUAAUUUGAUAUUUUUCACCUGUCGUAAUGAUAGAUAAGAGACAAGUACAUGAUCGGCAGUCCUCACAUUUUUUGUUGUCAUUUUCUUGAAGCCAAAUGCAUUCAUUUUUUAUUUGCCCACAUUUCUUGUGAAUAAUUUUUAUUACAUGUUUAGUUAAAUAAGAACUGGGAAUCAUAAUGUGUUC